CUCUUUCUCUAUCACUUUAUCUCUCUCUCACCCUCCCUCCCUCCCCCUCUUGCUCCCUCUGGUUGGCUGUUUGCAGGCAGCCCGGGCUCUGCAGCUGCAGCGGGCCGACUCCUGCGAUGCUCUGUUAGCCACGGCCACGGCAGCAGCAACAGCAGCAGCGGGAGGGGAGGAGGAGGAUGGCACAGGGAUGGAGCUCACCCAGCUCCUCGACCGAAUCAGAGCGCAGUGCGACCUGAGCAGACUUUCCAGCCCGGGCUCAAAUCCAGUCCCAGGCUUGGCCGGGCCCAGCCGCUCUGGAGCUGGAGCAGCAGCAGCAUCAGCAACCCGAACACACGGAGGAGCUCUCAGUGAGGAGGAAGCAGCGUGGGCGCAGGUGAGCCUCGGAGGCGCCGCACUGAGGGAGGCACGGGCCGAGCUAGCCGAGGCCAGGAAGCAGUGGCACUCCCUGCAGGUGGAGAUUGAGACUCUACAUGCCUUGGAGAAAGGCCUGGAGAGCUCCCUCCAGAACACCCAACGGCAGUACUCCAAUCAGCUGCAGGACCUUUCCCAGGUGAUUGCUGGGCUGGAGAGUGAGCUGGAGCAGGUGAGGAGCGGUCUUGCCACGCAGCGCCAGCGCCACAGUCAGCUGCUCAACACCAAGAUGAAGCUGGAGCGAGAGAUUGCCACUUAUAGACGUCUGCUGGAGCGUGAAGAGGGCAGAUACAUGGGCCGUAAUGGGCAGCCAAUGGGUUUGCGGCCCUGGAGGUCUUUUGUGGUGAAACCAAAGGAAAACGGGCUGGAGAACGACUUCAGUGACCCUGCUAUCACUCCGGAUGAGCCCAAGUCAGAGCCCCUACCUGAAAUCCCUUCACUCCUCCCAGCAGAGAAUGGGCAAAAAAAAAGCUCCAUACUCCAUAGACAGCAAAGCCUUGUGAUACUCACAGAGCCAGAGCAAGAUAAAGACUUGCCCAUCUCCACUGUGAAGACUCAGGAGAUUCUUCAGGGGAAUGUGGUGCAGGAGAGCGCAGAGGGUCAUGGCACCAUCGAGACGGAGAAGAUCGACAAGGUGAUAAAGCAGUGGGAGGGCUCCUUCUUCCGAGGAAAUCCCAAAUUACGGAAAAAGUCUGUUUCGCUCCGCUUUGACCUGCACAUGGCCGCAGCAGACGAGGGGUGCGCCCAGACUAAACAAGACAGCCUCCCUGACGUGGAGGUGCGUCUUAUCAUGAAGAGAUCACGCAGCAUCCCAAGCAUCACACAGUAAUAACUCCGUUGGUGGUUGGCCAUAAUCGACAUUGGUUUCCCCCUGUUGCAGCUGCCUGUGGUAACACUGGUGAUGUGUCAUUAACAUCUGGGAAAUUGCAAUCCCAUUAUGCUUACUAUGACUUUCAGUUUACAUCAUUCAUAAGUAUUCCACUGAAAACUUUGCAUCACAACCGAUGACUGAGUUUUUCUCAAAAAUUCACUCUGGCAGGAUAAGCAUCACCCAUCAGGCUUUUGUGCUAAUCUAAUGGGGCCAUUUUUAUAGAGUAUAUACUAUAGCAGACCUAUACAUUCACUACAUUACACAGGAUAACAGUUUAAUGUAUAAACAUAUUUCUCCAUCAUCAUUCUAGAUGAAGAAAAAGUGUCUGUCAUUCGUUCAGUAUGAGGUCACAGGUCAAAAGAGAUUAUAUCGACUAUAUGACUCAGCUUAACUACGGCAUUUCAUUCUAAUUAACACUUGGUACAGGUGGCUGAGUGCAGAGAUAGAUGGAGAUAAAUGAAGACGAGGAGUCACAGAGUUCUAUGACCUGAUGGGGACUAGUUGAGGGUGGAUUACUUUAAAGUUUUUCUGUCAGGGACUGUACGAAAAUGAUAAGGGGCAGGGGACUCAGAGAUUUUAUGGGGAGAGUAUAACUGAACAUCAUUUGUCAGUAUCCUACAACAGCUCCCACCUUCACUUCAUUCUGCGUCUUAACAGAAGGCACAACGACAGUCAAAUUAAAUGUCUUUAAAAAUGUAAAUGCACCAUAUAAAAUGACAGUGACGGUAAAUUGGCCCUUCCACUUCUAUCUGAACAUUAUUAUUCCAUUAACUUUUUAAGGUUUAAAUCGGAGUACACCUUUGUGCACUCUCAGUUAUUAAUGGCAAUAUCAAUCAUAUCAAUCCAAUGGUGUUAUACUACUUUGAGAUAUUGUGUGGAGCGUGUUUCAAUCUACCUUUAAGUCAAUGGAAGGGUCAAAUCAAAAUGUGAAUAACACCUGGGAGGGCUUUUUUGUUCGUUUGUUUGUUUGUUUUUUAAAAAGUGAAACAUAAUAUGUAGCCCUCCUCCCCACCCUAAUCAUUUUCAUGCAGUCCCUAAACACUUGCACUGCAGACACAUACAGCACUUAGAAGAACAUCAGCACUGGGAGCUAUUCAGAAUGUGUGUACUCUGAGGGUCUUUCGUCACUGCGGUUUAUUCUCUGUGUGGAGACUAAAAAAUUGAAAAUUGCAACUCAUACUGAUAAUGUAAGCUAUAUUUUAUAAUGCAUUGUCUUAAAAAAAAAACCCCAUAAAAAACAUAACUGCUCACUGUGAUCUUACUAGCAGUGAGGCUCUUAACACCCACCAUGUGUCUCCAAGAAUUUAGAUCCCCUUUUAACCAGCAGAGGGCAGUAUUUGUAAAUAGUUAACACUGCAGUGUAUCUUCAAUGCUCAACUCGGGUUGUGUAACACAUGCUAUCUGUUACACCUUAAAAAAUAAGAGUUUUUAUGCUAAGUUUUGAGUUGGCACCAAAGAUAUUAAUAUAUUAAAAAUAAGAAAUGGACCAUUGUGCAUUGCAUUUAGGUGCCUCAGAGUAUGUUGAGAA